CACAACAUAAAGGCAGCAUAAAAUAUUUGCUCUCUGAUUCCACAUAAAGAACUUCAGCUUUCUCAGGAAACUUAGAGCUCUUUGGAAGCCAAGCAUUCCACAAUGAAAAGCUUUCUGGCUUUCCUGGUUGCAGUGGGCAGCAUGGUGACCCUGGGGGAUGCAUCCUGCUGGAGUACAAUUCACAAGCCAGGGGAGGCCAAAGAUGGCUGUAUGAUCAAUGAAAAACUGUAUCCCUUUGGACACAUUGAGAGGACAGAAGAUUGCUACCAAUGUGACUGCAGCGAAAGUGGAACUAGAUGCUGCUCCCUCUUUCACACUCCUGUUUCUUACAACAAAAAGAAAUGUAAAGUUGUUUUCAACAAGAAGCGCUGUGACUAUGAUGUGGUACAGAAGGACGACCCCUCAAAGGAGUGUUUUGUCUAUUCUCGUGUGGGCUAACACCUGCUCCAAACCUCUCUGCAUAGUGGAAUUCCUCUCCUUCCUACAGAUGCUUUGCCAUCACAGAGAAGCACGAUGACAUGAGAAAAUCUCAUAAAAGCGAGCACUUCAGUAGCUGCCUUCUAACCUCCUAAUUGUCCUAAUUUAGCUUACAAGAUGCAUAAUGAGACAGAGUGUCACAUUUCUGCCAUUACUGCAUUUGUUGACUACAAUA